GGUUCCCUGGCAGAGACAGCGGGGGAGAGAGAGAGAGUGUGUGCGUGUGUGUGCGUGUGUGUGUCCGUGCGGGCGCCCCGGCCCCUUCCCCGCCCCGCCGCAUUGUGGAGGGAGGGACCGCGGCCGCCUCCGCCGCCGUGCGCGGCCGGGCGCUGUCCGAGGUGCUGAGCCCGGCGGGACGGGCGCUGUCCGUGGUGCUGAGCCCGGCGGGACGGGCGCUGUCCGUGGUGCUGAUCCCAGGAGAGCCGGACGACGUCCGGGUGCUGACCCAGCGGGGCCCGGAGCUGUCCGAGGUGCUGAGCCCGGCGGGGCCGGGAGCUGUCCGAGGUGCUGAGCCGCUCUGCCCGGGCGACACCAUGGUUUUCGCUCCAGUGUUACAGGUAUUAUUGCAGAUUCCUGACCACAAUACCCAGAUCAAGACAGUAUGGAAGGGCCUGUUCAUGAAUGCAAAAAAUGCUAUCAUUAACUUCUUCGAAGGUGAGAAGCCAGGGACAGAGCAAGAUGAAGUUAAGCUGCAGAUUGCCAGCAAGCAGAUUGUGCAGACUGCUAUCCUCCGAGCAGUGCAACAAGUUUCCCAGGAGAGCCAGCAAAAGGAGAAGCGAACAAACACUGGUACAAGCCUCCAACUAGAAAGAGGAAAACUUACCAAGAAGCAUGAAAAGAAAGCACUUCAACCACUCUUCCAGACUCUAAACCAGCUGUCUCUGAUUCCUGUGGAGUAUCCAACUGAGAAGAGACAGGAGUGGUAUGAGUUAUCUCGUGCCUCUUUGGCAGCUGCAGUUCAGCCUCCCAUCUUUGCCAGUCUGCUCCAACAACGCCAGAAUGUUCUAUAUGCCCUUGGUUGCACCUCUGGAACCUGUAAUUGUCUCUUCUAGAAAAUGUAGGAUGGGCUGCAAAUCUGGGAAAGGUAGUAAAAGGCUUUUUAAUGGAACACAGCUACAGGUAGCAAUCCUGAUCAACAGCCAUGGGGUCCUUUACUUUACACAGGAAAAGAAAAUAAAUAAACCAACAUCAACUCAAUUAGGUGGUGGGUGCCCCUCAGCCCUGCAGGAAUAUCUUUCACUUUUAUUUUUCACCUACUGUUGUAUUUACAGAUCAGAUCAGUCAGAGCCAUGCUAGCAUAGAAAGCCAAUGAGGAAAACACAGAUUUUCAGUAGUAUUUGAUACUUCUUUUCAUCACCUGACAAACAGAGAAGGUGCUUGCAAGUUCCCUCAAAAUAAAAUGAAAUAAUUUUGAUGUUUAAGAACCAUAUUAAAUAACAUUUUAGGUUGACUGCUCUGGAGGUGAGGUAAUGAAUUUGACAUUUAAGGAUAAUGAUGGCAAUGACUGUGCUCAGUUACUGAAACUGGGAAGGCACUUCCUUUAUCAACAGAGGACUAACAGCUUUAUUCAUAUUCAUUCCAAGUCAGAGGCAAGUAUCCUAUGGGUAAGUAGCUCAAUAGUACCCAUCACAAUUUAUAAUAAGAAACUGUUGAUCAUACAUGACACUCCCUGAUGUAGAACUGAAGAUUUAUAGUGCAGAGAAUAUAUGAGGAUAUUAAAAUCUUUCACUGCAAGCUGAGGAGGAGGUAGACAGAGGAUACUUACUUAAAUGUUAAUUAAGAAUUUUCCACAUCAACGCUCCUUUUCCACUUCUUGCCACUGCAUAUUAAAAUACCACUGGAUACUUCAAAUCAUAAUUUAAAUUUUGUAUAUUUAGCACAAUUCUGAGUAUUUUUAAUGUCUUCUGUAGAUAAAAGAUCAUAAAUCUUCCAGAUGAAAAUUCUUUCCGAACAGACAAUCAAAUUAUUUCUAUUAUUUUGACACUACUGGGCUAACUCUUUUGAAUAACCCUUUUUCUAAUUCUGAUAUAUGAUGUACACAGAGGAUGAGGGAAAGAGGGGUUUUUCUUCUUCCUCUUGAAAACAGAACAAGAUGGAUUUGUUGAAGCCUAUGGCAAGAGGAGAGAGGGCUUUCCAUGAUAAAGAUGGAGGAGAUCACCCUGUGGUUAGUGGAAAUUUUGUACCCAAGCAUGGGGUAUAUAUCAUCACAGGAAAGACUUGGCCUCAAGAAAAAGUGAGCAGGAGUGUAGUCAAUAAGCAGAUUCGUGUACUUGCAUUAUUUCUAGUAGAAAUUGAAUCCUUUCAGAAAUAACAAGAGAGACGUUUGAGCAGUCAUUUACAUAGUGGAUUUUGUAUAUCUGGAACCUGAAUUUCUAUGACUUUCACUGGGUGGCAACAAAGCCACUGCAUUGCCCUGAAAAGUAAAAUAAUGUCCUCUAAAAUGCUGGCCAGAAAAAUGACUUCUCAGAAGUUAUCUAGGGGAAAAAUUCUGGAGCAAUGAACUAUUGUAAAGCUAGAAAGUAAAACUUGUUCUGAAGGCAUAAUGCUAAAUAGAGCAGGCUUCACAGUUGGAGCCUUAUGGCUGAUGUAUUAAAAAUCAAAUACAAACAAGUAAAACAAACCAGACAACAACAAAACCCCAACAACAACAAAACGUGUUUUCCUUAAUAAUGGCAUCUAGACAAAAUUCUCUUCUAAGUGGAUCCUCCAGUGUCUAGUAAUGUAGGACCUCCCACUGCAGACUCCCCAGAAUGGCCUGUGCAGCUACCUGUUUUCACAGACUUUGCAAGAGCCUAAUUUCUCUAUUUGCUAGACCUUUGUUAAACCUAAAUAAAAGCAGACAGCAAACUUCACCUUCCCAUUUCUGUUGCUCUGAAAGCUUUUUAGACAUGCAUUUAGAAAAGCCUUCAUUUGAACUUUUCUUUUAAUGGAACCUGGUAAUGGUGUUUUCUGGUAAUAAAAUUUCUUCAUCUCA